UCAAAAUUUCGACCCUCUCCUCACAAUUUCGCCAUUUUUGUGUUCACCAUCUCUUUUCUCUGCUCGAAAGCGAUUAACCAGAAGCUUUUCUCUUGCCGAACACAUGGACGGGCAUGAUGCAGAUAAUACGAAACAAAGCACUGCUGAUAUGACUGUGUUUGUCCAGAAUCUUCUUCAGCAAAUGCAAACCAGGUUUCAGACAAUGUCUGAAUCAAUCAUCUCAAAAAUUGAUGAGAUGGGGAACCGGAUUGAUGAAUUGGAGCAGAGCAUCAACGAUUUGAGAACUGAAAUGGGCCAAGAAGGUUCUCCAUCACCUUCGGCCGCACUGAAGUCAAAAGAUGAACCAAAAUCUGCUGAGGAUUCUACAUAAAGCAACUGACGAUACAUCAAGGUGGUUUAUCAGAGGCAAGUUGGUCGUGUUUGUUACAAUUGUUUAGCUUUAAAAGAGUGUUAUCCUUUUUUGGAUGCUACGCCUUUUGGUUUUGGUAGCUGUAUUCUGUACCUGGAUUCUCUGGUUCUCGAAAGAGAGAGACGUGUGCUAUUGGUCAUUGAUUUGGUUAUCAAAAUAUGUUUUUAUGAUAGUAUAUUUAAAGGGUGUAUAAUGAAGGGUUAUAUUGUUGAGAUUUUAGGCCUCUUCAGACGAGGGCCAGUUUUCUUGUCAAAGCCCUAUUUUGCUUUAAUCUACAUCGCCGAUGCUUUA